AUGUUAGAAAAAAAGUUUGCUGACAUUGACAAGAAAUUUGAGAAUGUUUUAAAUAAGAACAAGAGGAAGUUGGAAAAUGCUCAGAUAAAACCCAUACAUGACAAGUUCUUAUUUGCUCAGAAUGGUAUAACAGGUCUAAUUGCACCGCCUGGGUCGGGUAAGACUUUCACUUAUCUUAAAAUGGCUGCACAACAACAAGAACUAGAUGAGAAGAACCCAUUCUAUGAGUUAGUAGUCAUUUGUAGUACUUCUGGUCAAUUUGACCAAACCGUCAAUUCGUUCAAAGAUAUUAUAAAAAAGUCUAAGUUAGUAUGUAUAAAAGACUCUGAGUUGUUAGAUUGGAUAAAGAAGUACCAAAGAAGAGUUUUGAAGUACAAUGCUAUAAAUGAGUAUGUCAAUUCUAAGUUUAAAGACCCAAAUGAGGAAAUGCAGAGAAUAUUAGAGAAGAAACACUUCAGAAACAAACAGAAAGAGAUAGAAUACAUUUCGAAGAAA